GGAAUUAACAAAGCGUCGUGUUUAAUUUGAAAUAACGUUGGCAUAAGCGAUUAAACGGCGAAGCAGAGAAGCUCGAUUCAAUCAUAUCGGUGCGGUGCUACCAAAACUGCUAACAAAAUUAAUACGCGAGGCCAGCUUAAUCUAGAUAAAGCCGAGAAUCGGAUACAUGGUCGAACUUUGACAUUAGAAGAUUUGAGAAGUGAACCGUGCUAUUUAAUCAAUCUGAUAUACUGGAGGAAUGAUGGAGACGGAGAAAGCGGAUAAAAGGAAAAUUUCUACGGAAGAUACUCCUGCAAAGAGUACAAAUGAAAACUCUUCUCUUCAUAUUUAUUGCCGCACAAAUCUGGUGACGAAAACUUACGUCUAUGUGUGGGCUAUUGACGAAAUUUGGAGUAUGUACGAAAUAAUUUCUUACUUAAAGUUCGAUCCGAUGGACGGGCGGUUACCUUUUGAGAUUCACUUGGAAUGUGAUAGAAGUGAAGAGAAGUUGAUCUUCUACGUGGAGGCUUCUUCGUCUAUUCAAAAGUUCUUAUGUCAUGUAUAUUUACAGUCAUAUUUAUCAGAAGAGGAUACUUAUAUUUUACCCCAUUAUUAUGACGUUGAUAAAGUGAAGUGCGAAAUAAAAAAGUCUUUCCUCAAGAACGUGAGGACAGAAUUUGUUCACCGUAACAUACUCAAAGUGAUCUUUAAGUUCGAGUGCAUCGAACGUAUUUUGCAUAACACCAGACAUAUUGAGAUGUUAAACAAUCAUUCAGACCUAAAAGACUUACUUCCCAGCGAGUCUAACGCGUUAAUUGAGUUUAAGGUGGGAAAUAAGAAAUAUUUCGUAAAUAAAGAAAUACUUUGUGCAAAGAGCCAAUACUUCAAACUUAUACUUCGUAAUGACAAUACAUCGAUAACUUUAGACGAGAAGUCAACGUCAGGCAUGUUAACAUUUAUAGCCUUCAUAGAAAGUGGCGAUACGUCCGAUAUAAAAACUGCUAAUAUCUAUAUGCUGUUUGAGCUUAUUGAAAUGGCUCAGAAGUACGACAUAGAAGGACUGCAGGAUAUCUGCGAAGAAUAUUUACAAAAAUAUCUUCUUCUAAAAACACCUGCUUUAGACACGAAAAAGGCGUGCGAUAUUCUAAUUCAUGCGCUCAAUUAUGGUUCAACAGAUUUACUGACGUUUGUCACCGAUCUCAUAAGGUUAAAUAUCGAUGAGUAUGCAGAAUCUUCAUAUUUCAGAUCUAUUAAACGGAAAUAUCCCCGAGUAAAUAAUUUACUCAAACAGAUUACAUUAACUAACGAAGCACACUAUUUAUUUGACCGUCAUAUCUAAUCGUAAAAUUUGGAGUAAUAAAGCAUAACAUAACAUGUAAUAUUUAAUGAUAUACUGAUGCUUUUUAGAGUGAUUUUGGAAGUGGUAAGAAAAGAGAAUGGAAGAGGAAAAAAAUUCUUUUUUAUCAGCAAUCAGUUGAACUUAGUACAGCCAUGUUUUAUAUGCUUAUAAAAAUUCGAAUAAAAGUUCCGUUAAAUAUUAAAGACAUCGAUGAGCUUAAUGAGGUUUUAUGUCUGGUGAUUAAAAAUCGUAAUUCGUCGUGAAAUUGAAACUGAACGUACACUUUUGUUAUCUAUCACAUAUCUAUCUCCGUUAGCUUUCAAGUUUUGUUUUAUACCUCUGGUAAAGAUGCGAUUAUCUUAACUUUGUUUAUGUAAAUUCUAUUUUUAAGAAUAAAUUAAUUUGUGUUUUUAAGAAAUAUAUUCUUAAGAACAGACAAAUAAGUAGAUUAACAAAUUUUAUAAUUUGGUUUUGAUAUUUAUCGUAUGGUGUAUUCGAAAACUAUUCGUAUAUUGUUUUCACAGUUUAUCUUUUCUUAAAUACGCGUGCUCGACAUUUACAUAGAAAACAUUAUCAGAUUGUAACAAGUUUUUGAACAGAUAAAAGAGAUGUAACAUGUUACGACAGAUGUAAUAAUAUUUAUUCUAGCUGCGAUAUUUUUCAGUUUUGUCAAAAAGUCUAAUGAACUGAUUAUGCUGACGAUAAACAUAUCUUUUAUCACUGUACGAUAAUAAACCAUACAUCUUUGUGUUUUA